CGCAACGGGCCAGCGGCGCAGGCAGCUGCGUUCGCGUCGCGUCGCGUGUCCCUCCAGCCCCGUAGCGCCUUCCAGCUCCAACCUGUUGCUACAACUACAAGAAGCCGCCACACAACCACCGCGCUCCCAACGGCUCACCGUCACCGGCCGGGAGGCGAUCCCAUGGGAGAGACGACCUAACUUUUCUCGGAUUCUAGCUCGGGUCUGCACUCUGCACGCUGCUGCUGCUGGUUUCUUGAGAGGCGAGACCCUGAAGGGAUGGCACUGGAGGCCGUGGUGCUUUCCCAGCAAGGCAGUCGCUUUGGGUGUGGUGCCAUGGCAGCAGGAGGGCCUUGGAGUGGCCUGUUUUUUAGUGGAAUGGAGGGCGUGGUCGAGAUCGGUAGUGGCGCUGGCGGCGGCCGGGACGUGGCCGGGUGCUCGCCGCCACAGCUCCUGCAGGAGCCGGCUGCCCGCGCGCUGCCUGUGGCGUCGUCCGUGGGGAGCGCGAGUGGCGGCGCCGGUCAGGAUGCCCCGGCGGCACUUGCUGUGACCGCGACAGCGGCGGCCGGAACCGGAAGAAGGAAGCGGCGAAGGAUGAGGCCACUGAAGAACGAGGAGGAAGUGGAGAGCCAGCGCAUGGUCCACAUUGCCGUGGAGCGCAACCGGCGCAAGCAGAUGAACGAGUACCUCGCCGCGCUCCGCUCCCUCAUGCCGCCCGCCUACACGCAACGGGGCGAUCAGGCGUCCAUCGUCGGCGGCGCGAUCAACUUCGUCAAGGAGCUGGAGCAGCUGCUCCAGUCGCUGGAGGCGCAGCAGAGGCGUUCCUCCCGGCGGCAGGGCCCCGCGUGCGCCGUCGAUCCGGACGACGCAGGGCCGUUCGCGGACUUCUUCACCUUCCCGCAGUACUCAAUGUGCGCUGCCGCGGCGGCCCCAUCAGAGAACCCCGGCGCCGACGCCGACGCCGAGCAGGAGGCGUCCGGGUCGAAGCCGUCGGGCGUGGCCGACGUGGAGGCGACCAUGGUGGAGAGCCACGCCAACCUGCGGGUGCUGUCCCGGCGCCGGCCGAGGCAGCUGCUGCGGCUGGUGCUGGGGCUCCAGGGCCACCGCCUCACCGUGCUCCACCUCAACAUGAGCAGCGCCGGCCACAUGGUGCUCUACUCGUUCAGCCUCAAGGUGGAGGAUGAUUGCCCGCUCACCUCAGUGGAUGAGAUUGCAGGUGCGGCUCAUCAGAUCGUCGAGAAGAUCAACGAAGAACAAGGCGGCGGCAGCUUAGAGUAGUGCUUUCUUGCGGUGCAUGUUAUCUUUUUUCUUUAGCUCCUGUAGCAAGUGAAGUGGUUUUCUCCCUUCCCUGUGUCUGUGUGCAAGCGAAUAAUGUACUGAUCAGCUUAGCCGGUCUCUGAAACAGUAGUAUGCAUCAGAACCUAUCUUUGUUCAU